CGCGGCCGGAAAGUGACGAGAGGGCGCGCCCUCGCUUAACGGGAAGUGCUGGGCGUGUCCCGGAAGUGCGGGGGCGCGCGGGCGGAUCCCGGUGGCCGUUGUCGGCGCGGUGCGGAGCGAGCGGGGCUGUGUAACUUGCGUUUGUGAGGAUGGCGGAGCAGGAGCCGACAGCUGAGCAGCUGGCCCAGAUUGCAGCUGAAAACGAGGAGGAUGAACACUCCGUCAACUAUAAGCCACCUGCCCAGAAAAGCAUCCAGGAGAUCCAGGAGCUGGACAAGGAUGAUGAGAGCCUGCGCAAGUACAAGGAGGCCCUGCUGGGUUCUGUCACGGUGACUGCAGAUCCCAAUGCUCCAAAUGUGGUGGUGACCAAACUGACUUUGGUCUGCGCGACCGCUCCGGGCCCUCUGGAGCUGGACCUGACAGGAGACCUGGAGAGCUACAAGAAGCAGGCGUUUGUGCUGAAGGAGGGUGUGGAAUACCGGAUAAAAAUCUCCUUUAGGGUGAACCGGGAGAUUGUGUCAGGCUUGAAGUACCUCCAGCACACGUUCCGGAAAGGCGUGAAAAUUGACAAGACUGAGUACAUGGUUGGGAGCUACGGCCCCCGUGCGGAGGAGUACGAGUUCCUGACCCCCAUGGAAGAAGCCCCUAAGGGGAUGCUGGCCCGGGGCAGCUACAACGUCAAAUCCAAGUUCACAGACGAUGAUAAGACGGAUCACCUGUCCUGGGAGUGGAACCUGACCAUCAAGAAGGAUUGGAAGGACUAGCCCUUCCUGCAGCCAAACCCCAGAGAGCGUGAAUCAGACAGUGGCUCCCAUAGAAACCCCCCCGUACCAAAGUGCUGACAUCGGACCCCCCGGCCCUUCCACCCUCUUUUAAUUUGGCCAGAGCGCUCCGGUCAGUAGCGUGCCCCCUCCCCAGAGAAUCACCAUGUGCAUUGCCCAGCCCCCGUUGUCUGCAUCCGAGCUCCAGCUGCCAGGGGCCGGGCUGUCCCAGCACAGCGGUGGGAGCGCUCGCUCCCUCCCCAGGCCCUUUGUGCUUCUCCCCUUCUGUUAUCCAGGCAGGUGCUGGAGGGGAGGGAUCCUGUGCAGGAUCACGUGCACAGCUCAGGGUAGAUCCUGCCUCCAUGUAGCUGAGGAACUUCGAUGCCAGGCAGCUGUUGAAUCCCUUUGUUGGCUGAAAUCAUGUCCCCUGUCAGUGUCCUGGGAACACUGGUGGCUUCAUUUGUGGAUGUUCCCUGUAACCAUGAUGCCUUAGUGUGUAACACGGAUCCUCUAGGGAGGGGGCCCUGCCCCUGUUACACUUUUUAAACGCUCCUGUUCCUCGUUCCCUGGCACGGCAUUCUUCUUGGUCACAUCCCUCAUGGGUUAUUAGAAAAGAAUCACAACUUCCCGCUUUGCUGCUGCUCCGUCCUUCUCCCCAAGCCGGGACAUCUCCAGGGAGGAGGGUGCUGUGACACACUGCGCAAUGCCUGGCCGCCCUCCUUGCUCCUAGGGCAUCAGGCUGUCAGCACCCCGGGUCCUCGGCACAGAGCUCUAAGGUCUGCAGCAGCCUCAGUGCCUCCAAGGUGGAGAGGAGCUGUGGGGCAGGAGGGUGUGGGAGCCACCAGUGUUGCCAUCACCUCGCACUUCUUGUUGCAGCCCAGGUAGCUGCAAAGCACUGAAAUUCCCAGCCAGCUCCUGUGCUCCUGGCUGUUCUCGGCUGAGGAUGGACGUGCCUGUUGCUGGAGCCGCUCUCCUGAUGCGAUCAACAAAGAGCUUGCGAUGGACGAGUAUUCCAAAGUGGUUAAUGCCUUAUGUAUCUGUUCUGCCUUUAAAAUCCGUGCCUGGCCUGUCAGUAUUUAUUGCCUUGACACGGCUCCUGCUGCACUGGCAGCAGAGCCUGCGGCACGCCAACCCCGGGCGAGGAAGCUGGCAUGCUCCAGCUCCACAGCCCUCUUCUCCGGCUCCUACCACGAUAAGGUCACGUUAGAACUGGGACCAAGUACCUGUGGCUUUCUUGUAGCUGCGUCUGCCUCUGCCUCACCCCUGCCCUGCCCUGGGGAGGUUCUGUUGAUUUGCUUUGGUGGGAAUGCACUGUCGGUCCUGGGCCCGGGGUCACGGCUGGAAUCAUCGUCUGCUUCUCCUUUUGAUCGUAAAUAAAAUCUUGGAACUGAC